AUGAGGGAGGUCAAUUUUAGUAUCCCGAACGUCAAUAAGGCGUCGGUGGGCAUCACUACCGCCUUAUAUGAUCGCCGGGCACUUGACUGCACUUCAACCCUUCCCCUCAUCAACUCGCUUAACCAUCUCGCCUACCUCACCACAUCGUCAGCUCGCAUUCGCGAUAUCUUGACCGUCGAUGGAGGCAUCGAGAGGUUGGUAUGUAUAUUAAAGCAAGGACGGAGUAAAGAUAUGAUGGAUAUGUGGAAAUGGAACCUCGCUUUCCAGUGCGUGGUCAACAUAGGUGUUCGCGGAACCGAGAACGUAAGGACUCGAGUGGUUGAGGCCGAUAUGGUUCCGGUCAUUGCAACCAUACUCGACAACUACAUUAAAGUUAUCGAGAAGUGUCGUGAGAAGGCAGAAGAAGCGAAGCAGAAGCAGAUUGCCGAUCAUCAUCAGCGCCACCGAAGUCACAGCCAUCGAGAGCCACCAUUCAAAUCGACUUUCACAAAUAGGUCUACCCGCCUAGAUCUCGAGCAAAGAGCUUUCCGCCGACAGGCUCCUCCGCCGUCCAUCGAUGUCUCGGCUGCUUCCUUUGCAAGCACGUCUGCUGCCGCGGCUGCAGCGGCGGCUCCGCAGGGAAAUACUGAUGCCAUACCAACUAUUCCAUCAUUCCCCAUUACAACCCCUCCAGACCGCGCUGCUUUCCCUAAUAACCGGCAUCAUCACCACCACCAUCACCAUCAUCAUCAUCACAGACACGAAAGCCGCUCGAGUAUUGUGUCUCCGUCGCGGCAGGUGAUCCAGCCUCUGGCGAGUGCGGUUCCAACUAUGGAGGCAGUUGAUGGUUUUAUUCGCCCUGUUCGGGAUAUCGAUCGGCUCCCAUCAAUGGUUCCCGUUUUCCAUCCAGGCCUACCUUCACAGCCGACAUCACCAACGACACCUUUACCUCCGCCGCAAAUUCACUCGCCAACUGUUCGGGCAACAUCGGUCUUGGCGCCAAACUCGCGUCCCAGGCGCCGUCCUUCGAUACGUCAUCAGAACUCAACCACUGACACAGAUGAUUUAAAUGCAACUGAUAGUGUGCAAUCCGACGAAUCCCAGGAUGCCGAGAUGUCUGGUACCGCUGAUAUCCAACCCGCGGUUGGUUUCCAGGACAUCGCCAUGGAGGAAGGCGAUAGUACAUUGGCGGGCACGGCCCUCGACCUAACGACACCUACAGUCUCCGAGAUUCCAGACGCAGGGACGUUCAACAUAACACACAGAGCUCCUAUGGAUGGCAGUCUUCCGAACAACACGCCGACCCCCGGACCAACCAUGGGCUUGUCACCUAACCGCCCUAUUGUGCCUACUCCCCAACCUUCCCUUCCCACUCACGCGAGUGUACCUCGUUAUCUCCUAGACCGACCCACGCCCCCGAAUCCCCAGAUGUUAGCAGCAAUGCCCAGAGAAGAGGACGUGUUGAUGUCACUCCAGCUGCUCGCGUACGUCUCGAAAUACUGCAAUCUCCGAUCAUAUUUCCAGAAGAGUCACCUGGUACCCCGGCUGCAAAUAGGGAAGGAAUUACAAUUACUUGACGGGGAUAACGUAACGAUGGAAUCGCUAGGUCCGCAGGAGUAUGAGGAAGAAUAUCUUCUACCAAACGAUUUCAACAUAUUCCCCUUGGUUGAAAAGUUCACUGUACGAUACCAUAGCACCGAUAUGCAGUACUGGGCCGGGGUCGUGAUGCGCAACCUUUGCCGGAAGGACGAUACCCGCGGCGGCAUCCGACAGUGUGCUUACUACCAGUGUGGUAAAUGGGAAGAAUUCACGCGGCAAUUUGCUAAGUGCCGCCGGUGCCGCAGAACAAAGUACUGCAGCAAGGAGUGUCAAAAGAGCGCCUGGGCGUACCACCGCCACUGGUGCGUUGCCGCUUCGCAAUGA